UCUAUCUCUCUCUCGUCUCUUUAUUGGCAAUGGCUACGGGAUCAACAGAUUCCGCCAGGUCUCCCUCCUCAGGUGUUCUCCAGAAGUUGUUAUUAGUAUUCUUUGUCUGUAUAGCUGCUUCGACUUAUAAGGCAAUCCAGCCUCCUCCUCCAAAGCUUUGUGGCUCUCCUGAUGGUCCAUCCAUCACAGGACCGAGGAUUAAGCUAAGAGACGGAAGGCAUUUGGCUUACAAAGAGCAUGGAGUUCCAAGAGAUGAAGCUACCCAUAAAAUCAUCGUUGUCCAUGGAUCUGAUAGUUGCAGGCACGAUAAUGCUUUCGCAGCUCUACUAUCUCCGGAUAUAAAAGAAGGACUAGGUGUGUAUAUGGUUUCAUUUGAUAGACCUGGUUAUGCAGAGAGUGAUCCUGACCCAAACCGUACUCCUAAAAGCUUGGCUUUGGACAUUGAAGAGCUUGCUGAUCAGUUGAGUCUAGGAACCAAAUUCUAUGUCAUCGGUUACUCGAUGGGAGGACAAGCUACAUGGGCAUGCCUUAAAUACAUUCCUCACAGGUUGGCUGGAGUAACGCUUGUUGCUCCAGUGGUGAACUAUUGGUGGAAGAACUUUCCAUUAGACAUCUCAACCGAAGCUUUUAACCAACAAGCGAGAAAUGACCAAUGGGCGGUUCGUGUUGCACACUAUGCUCCUUGGCUUACUCAUUGGUGGAACUCCCAGAACUGGUUCCCUGGAUCAAGUGUUGUGGCCCGCAAUCUCGGUAUGUUGUCUGAAUCAGACAAAGAGAUCAUGUUUAAGCUCGGUGCUGCAAGGAGGCAACAUGAGGCACAAAUAAGGCAACAAGGAACACACGAGACAUUGCACCGUGACAUGAUUGUUGGAUUCGGAACUUGGGAAUUCGAUCCGAUGGAGCUCGAGAAUCUGUUCCCGAACAAUGAGGGAUCAGUGCACUUGUGGCAGGGAGAUGAUGAUGUACUUGUCCCUGUGACUCUGCAACGUUACAUUGCACAGAAGCUUCCAUGGAUCCAUUACCAUGAGAUUCCUGGAGCCGGACAUUUGUUCCCAUUUGCUCCUGGUAUGGUUAAUAACAUCGUUAAAACUCUCUUAACCAGUGAUGGAGUGAAGAACUAAACUCUUUCUUAUCUUCUCUCUCAAAAAGAUAGCUAGUUUGGUUUUGUGACAUGAUUGAUAUGAUACUUUGAACCGGGAUCAGAGAGAUUCAUGAGAAUCUCAAGUUUCUUUUGUUGUUGAUAUAUUUUGUGGGUGAUUUUUAGAGGAAAAAGUCACUAGGGCCCAAUAUGAAUAUUUUAGUUAAACUAAUACAGAAAACAAUGGCCC